AUGACUUUUCCUCAUUGUACAAACUAUUAUCUGCGGUCUCGGGAGAAAUCCUGGCAAGCGGAAGAGGACUUGACGGUUAGUGACGAGUCGAUUGCCACUUUCACAACAUUUUGCCAUGUGACACAAGACGAGGAAAAACCACAGGCCCUGUGCUUGCAGACACCGAUCAACGAUCACACACUCUUACUGCUCACGCACAAAUUCAUGGCCAUGGUCUCACAGCCAGCAAAGCUUCUUGCUGUAUUGGUAGCCAACUGUGAGGGCAGAACGUCCAAGCAAGUUUACUGGGCUAAGGCCACUGCAUAUCAGCAAUCGGAGCUGCAAGGACUCUGCACGUCUUGGUACCGCAUCAUGGAGGACAUCAAUCACUAUGAGCUGAGUGGAAUCGACUUAAUGUUACUGAAGGCGGUGCUGUAUUACUGGCGGAUGUGGCAAUUUGUAUGCAGCGCGUGUAUCGACGCAGUCAUAUCGAUUGAGGAGUCGGCGACGAGUCUUCCACCUGCCACAAACCACGAUCCCAAGACGUGGGUUUCUCUCCUCCACAAGCGCAGAGCAGUGUCGAUCUCCCCUUCGCUCGAGGACAAAUGCUCGGACGCCUCGUCGCAAGGCAUGAUCCUCUCAGGCUCGGGGCUGUCCAAGCGGUCACGGAUCACCAAAAAGAGCAACGAAUUCCUCGUCGCGUGGUUUCUUGCCCACAAGGACAACCCGUACCCGUCUCCAGACGAGCGGGUGGAGAUCGCUGAGAAGACUGGACUAGCGGAGCAGCAAGUACGCAACUGGUUUGCAAACAUGCGCAAACGUCACUGGAAGCCCAACCGCGCAAACGCGAAGAAGCCGCGUUGUCUGCUAGACUAUGUUCUGCCAACAAAAUGGGUGUUGUACGAGAUCUUGACUAUCAGUCUUCUUCCAACGUCGGAGCCUCGCCGAUCUCACUCUUGA